AGCUGCAGCCUAUGCAAUUGCCACAGCCACAGAACGCACCGCCGGCUGGAGGCAACACGCAAAGCAACCCUCAGGCGCCUGCGCAGUCUCCUCCCGUUGCCACGAACCCCUUCGGAGGAGCACCUGCUCUACGCAACCUGCUAAGCUUCUUCCGCCGGGGUCAAGAUGCCACUCCAGCUCAACAGCCCUCUGGCGUGCAACAACAGCCACAACAAUAUCCUCAGAUAGGAGCAUCUCAGCUGCAGCAGCAAGCCGGCUCAGGCCCUUCAGCCAACCCCGACGACCCUGAAAUGGGUCCGCAGCAGCUGCCCCCGCAGCAGCACCCUCAGCACCAGGCGCCCCGAGAUUCCGGGCUAACCUCGCAGGCGGGCGCUACCCCGGGUACUGCUGCUGCAGCAGGGCCGCAGGACCCCCAGCAGCCGGGGCUCAUGCAGAACGCGGCGGCGGACCGGGGCACGCUGCAGGUCGCCAUGGUGUCGUACGAGAACAGCUACAGGCUGCGCGAGGACCCUCCCGCGGUGGCCGCAAGCCUGCUGCUCAACUUUGAUGUGGGAGCGCUGGCGGGCCAGCCGCAGCCGCUGCCGCAGCGUCUGACGGCGCAGCGCGAGGGGCGCUUCGUGCGCGAGGAGAUGGGGCUGUACCGCGAGCGGCAGUGCAUCCUGUCGCAGCACUCGCUGAACAAGACGGAGCAGCGGAUUGCCCGGGCGGCUACCCUGGAUAAGGCGCUGCUUGCUGAGAUGGCGGGCGGCAACGCGGAGGCGGCGAUGCUGCAGGCGGCCUUCAUGUCACAGCAGCAGCAACAACAGCUCACUGUCGGCGCCUUGCCCACGGUCACGGAGGAGCCCGACGGUGGCGAAGGCCAGCAGCCGCAACUCCUGCAGCUGCCGCCUGCUGGCAACAACCCCCAGCAGCAGCAGCAACAACAACCCCAACUGGGUCAGACGCAGUUGGCUGCGCUGCAGCAGCCCAUGCAAGGCGGCGAGGGCCUGCAGCAACAGCAACUCGGCAUGGUCGCGCAGGGAGGCCAGAUGGUGGCAGGUGUGGGCGGCAUGGAUACGUCGGGCGCUGCGGCCACCAUCCAGGACCCCAUGUUCGCCUACCAGUGGCUGGACGAGAACGGGCUGAUGGUGUACGUGCCGGAUCCCCUCAAGCACCCCGGCCACGAGCGCCCAGCCCGGCGCUACGACCAGGACAAAGAGCUAAUGCGCACCUACGUGCGGCGCCCCGUGGCGGAGUCCGCUGCGGCGCUGCGCGGCGGCUCGCGGCUGUACCGGCUGGACAUCGAGCUGGGGCGGCUGGAGUUCCUAGUGCACCCGGGCAUGGCACAGGAGGACCUGCUGGCCGCCCGGCUGCUCGCUUUGUUCCGGGAGUUCAAGCGUCGCGAGGCGGUGGGUCUGGUCAUGUUCUACGCCAACCGCCUGGCCGCACUGGAGGACUCGCUGUUGGGGGCGCGGGAGAAGCUGUUUGCGCUGCAGGCUACGGAGGCUGCCAUGGAUGAUGUGCUGGACGCAUACGCCAUGCUGGGCAAGAUAGAGCGGGAGGUCGCUGAGAUGCGGCAGCUCAAGGAAGAGGAGGAGGCGCUGCUCUCGCGUACGGUACACGCCAUGGAGCGACUGUACGGCGAGAUCCAGACUGUACGACAAAGCCAGGGCUAUGCGCUGACGAAUCUGGAGCUGUCGGUGGUUGCCAAGCCGCCCCAGGAGCUGGCGUGGAAGCAGGGCGUCCUCACGCGGGAGCGCCUAGACGCGCUGCUCGUAGCCGCCGAAAUGGAGGAGGUAGCAGGGCUGCCCAGGUUCCCCGACCCGCUUCCCGUACCCGACCUGGCAGACCUCCCCCUGCUGCCCGCCGCCGGGGCCACCGUCACCGCGGGCCUAGGGCAGCAGCAGCAGCCGCUGAGGGGGCCAGCGGGCGCCGGCCAGCAGCAGCAGCCGUAUGUGUUCAGGCUGCGACGGUGUGAGUCCAUGUGUGCGGCCCAUGCGGCCAUUGCUGCGGACCUCACGGCGAGGCUGGAAGUGCUCAAGAACCGCCCCUCCGCCGACCCCGCCGACCCCACCCGCCGCCAGCUGGAGGAGCAGGUGGCGCUGGUGGGCCGCGCGCCCCGACGGGUGGCCAUGACGGCGGAGGAGCAGAUGCAGCUGCAGAUCAAGGCAACGGAGAUGGCCAAGACGGGGCAGAUCUUUGUCAGCCGCAUGCCGACCCUGGUGCCCGUCCUGACCAUCAGUCCGACGGACGCCCACCAUGCAUCACAGCAGCAGCAGCAGCAGGGCCAGAUGCCCCACGGCGCCAUUGCGCCGCUCAGGAUGCCGCAAGCGCCGCCCAAGCCCAGCCAUAAGCAGGGAGGCAAGGGCAGGUAUUACGUGAAGCUCUUUGUGAACGGUCACUACGUGGACUCCUCGGAUGUGGCGGCGCUGGGCGAUAACUUCGUGACGGACCUGAAGGACACGUUUAGCGUGCAGGUGUCUCGCUUCCCCGAGUCCAUCAGUGUGCAGCUCUUUGAGCGCAACCCGCUGCGGGACAGCUUCAUAAGCCAGAUCUUCAUCGCGAUUCCCGGCCAGGCCGGCAGUCCCCACGUGGACCCGCAGCCCCGCCCCUACCAGUUCACCGCCCUCAGCCCCUUCCGCACGCGGCAGCACCUGGCGGGGCCGGGGUCCAUGCCGCUCAUGCCGGACGGCCACCAACACGACCCCUUCCACAACUACCAAGCCGUGUUCCCAUCCGGAGCCAUGUACGUGCGCUGCGGCUGGGUUUCGGAGCGGGUGCUCCCAGGCAGCCGCCUGGGGGAUACCGUCUUACAGCAGCACGCGGGCGGCAGCGCUGCCAACGCAGCAACCUUGAAGAUGACGAUGUACGAAAACCCGCUUGCCGACCAGCGACCCACGGGUCAGGGCGGCCACCAUCUGGAUUCAGCCGGAGGGCUGCGUCCUGCCGACAUUGAGUCGGGCCGGGAGCUGAUGCCGCCGGUGCCCUCGGUACCUGUGGACCGCAUGCUUCGGAGGGCAGCGGAGCGGAUUGGUGGGAAGGCCAACCGCGCUCAGAUCAUGCGGUGGCUGAGUGAGCACGUGAUCGACCCCAAUGACCCGCGCAACGCGCCGCUGCUGGAGCUGCUGAAGACGCAGGAGGCGCACGCGGGGGCGCUGGGGGAGGUGUUCCGGCUGGACAUAUUCCCCGAUGUGGCCAUGCGGGACGACCGCACCGCCGACAAGCGCAUGGCUGUGCUGUCUCGGCGCUGGCAGGCGGGCAUCUACCGGGCACCCGACAAGAACCUGCUUAAGGGUGUUCGCUCCGUGCCCCUGCGCGCCCCCCUGGCCGCCUCCGAGACCGCCCAGCUGGACCUGCAGUACCUGGACCAGCUGGCGCUGCUGGAGGAGGCGAGUGGCGGCACGCAGCUGGCACUGGCGCGGGUGAUGAUGGCGCGACAUGAGAAGGCCAUGCCGCUGCAGAUCGGCGCGGUGCUGUCCGCCGCCGUGAAGGAGCGCGAGGAGCGCAUCCGCGCCUUCGCUCUGCGCGUGCGAGCCGCCGCCGCGCGGCUGGACGGGCGGCUGAUGGCCCGGCGCUUCCGCACGGAGGACGUGGUGAACGACGCGCCGCUGCCGCAGUUCAAACUGGAGCUGGCGGCGAUCACGCAGCUGCUGGCACCCAGGAGGCCGCUCAAGAGGACCAAGAAGCUGGUCAAGUCGCUGAUGACCUCCGUGCCCAAGGAGACGCAGCUCAUGGUCACCGUGCAGCGAGCAGCCAACCUGCCCGCACGCAUGGCGGAAGCAGGCGGAGCUGGUGGUGCCGGGUUCAGCGGUGAGGACCGCAACCGCAGGCGGGGUGGCGGCGGGGGGCGCCGCGGCGGGGGUGCGCUGGGCGGCGAUGCGGAGGGUGGUGGUGAUGCCCCCUCGGGUGCUCCCGACCGGCUGGCCGAGCAGCGCAACUGCUUCGUGGAGGUGCGCUUUCGCUCGCUGACGUCGCGGACGGUGGCAGUGCCGGGGGAGUUCCCGCUGUUCAACGAGCAGAUCGACCUGGACGUGUUCCGCGACGAGGGCGCUCGCGACCCGCAGCAGCAGCAGCAGCGGCAGCAGGAGCUGCUGGAGGAUGGGUCGGCGCUGGAGCCCAGCCCCACAGCACUGCAGGCCAACACCGACCUCAUCACCUUCAAUGUGUUCGAUGAGGUCAUCGUGGAGCCCUCAGAGCCCAUCAGCAUGCGCAGAAGGCCGCAUGAGGAGGUGGGUGACCCGGUGCGGCUGCCCGAGCGGGAGCGCCGCUUCCUGGGCUGCGUGAGGCUGCCACUGUCGGCGGUGUACCAGCUGCAGGUGUUGGAGGGCACCUUCCGGCUGGAGACGCCGCCGGUGGUGCUGGGCUACGUGCAGACCAGCGACCGCCCCGCCACCCUCAGCCUGCACCUCACGCUGCGCCCCCGCCUGGCCGCUCCCGCGGGCGAGGUGGACGAGCGGGUCACCAGCGGCGAGCAGCAGCAGGUGAACCGGCACGCGCAGAAGUGGCUGGCGGGACUGCUGGCGCGGCCCGAGUGCAGGAGUAGGGUGCUCAAGGUCAUGGCAGUCGACGCCGACGGCGCCGCGCUGCUGCUGUGCCGCUACGUGGCGCCCACCCCGCUGCCGCCCGCGCUGGCGCAGACGCUGGCAGCGGGGGGAGGGUCAGCUGCAGGGGGAGGGGUGGAGGCGGCCAUGCUCAAGCUGGCCAGAUUCGUGGCGCAUGUUCCCUACAUGGAGGACAGCGGCUUGCAGAAGCGCCGCAACGACAUCUGGACCAGCAGCUCCGAGCUGCUGCACCUGGCGGGGGGCGACUCGGAGGAGCACGCGCACCUGCUGGCCGGCUACUUCCUGCAGCUGGGGCUGCAGUGCUUCAUCGUGGCCGGCACCUCCACCGGCGGCGCCCGCAGCCACUUCGUGCUCACUACCGGCCAGCCGCUGCCGCCCGCACCCUACCACAGCGCCCCCCAGGCAGCAGCAGGCGGUGGCGCCCCCUCCGCGCAGCCGCACCCCCUGCUGGACCUGAACCCCGGGCUGCUGCGGCUGUGGAACCCGGUGACCGGCAGCGUGGUGUCGGCGCUGGACCCCACCGGGGAGAUGAGGGAGGUUGGUGAGCUGUACGACGGCUCCAACAUCUGGGCCAACACGCAGCCCUCGGGGCGGCCCUGGGAGAUGCGCUGGAACCUGGGGGCGCCGCGCGACUGGGCGCCGUUCUUCGGAGCCGCGCUGUCGCCCCGGGAGAUCGCCAGCGUGCAGACCACCCCCCUGUACGAGGAGUUGGAUGCGCGGUUCUACGAGGAGCUGGAGGCGCGGGUGGAGAAGCGGGUGGAGGAGGCGCUCAGCAACGCUCGUGCCGCGGGUGCCUUCCUGACGCGCCCCGACAACAAGGUGUCGCGACUGCUCAAGGGCCUGCUGCGGGAGAUGCCACAGGUGUCCGAGGCCCUGUCCGCCGCCUCCCUGGCUGCCAGCGCCGCCCUGGCCGAGGCGGGUGCGCGGGGACCCACCCAGCCGCCGCAGCACCUGGGGGAGCGACACAAGCUCAUCACGGGGCUGCAGGCCAGCCACAACGAGCGCAUCCGCCGCGAGGCGCGCUGCGAGUCCGCUCACGGCCACAUGCUGGCGCUGCCCUUCAGCGACCAGUACCUGGAGGCGGUCAGCGAGGCGGUGCUCAACACGGGCAUCCACCGCAUCGCUGACGACCGAGCCAAGUUCUCCACCGCCGUGUUCGUGGAGCCGCUGGGCGCCUCCUUCGUGUGCUGCAUCUGGAUAUACGUGGCGGUGGUGCGGGGGUAGCGGGGCGGGCAGGCGCCGGUGGACUAGUGGCAGCAGCCGUUGUACGGUUUUGUAGUGUUGUCGCAAGUCUUGGUAGUGGAUAGGAUGACGAGUGCCCAAGGCAUAUGUGGCAUGUGCAUGGCUCUACGAUGGCCUGUGUAGCACCAUUGUGUCUAAACUUACGUAAGCCACAGGACGGACACUGACGCUUUGUUGUGUGUGUUAGCACUGGCCGCCAGUGCUAUAAUGUACUGUGAUUUGCUGGUUGUACGUGUCUGUAGGUCAUGUCGUGUGUACCAUGCAGUCUUGUGAACUUAAUGUGUAUAUAUUGGGCACAUGACGUCUCUGACAUGACGUGAAAGCACAUGAGACCUGAGAUGUAGAUGCGGACAAUUCCGCCAAUCUGCUACCGUAUUACUGUGAUAUGGUGCCUCUAGCAAGGCUGCGAUAAGUGUGUUGUACAACCAUUAGGUGACAGUUACAGGCGUACUUGGUAGCCAUGCUUCAUGCGCCGGUGUCUAUUGUAGAGCUGCGCCAUGUGAAGUGACUAGUGAUAUAUAGCGGAAUGUUUGUGCGCAAUCUCGAUUGACUGUGUGCAUGGCCCAGUCGAUAGUCUUGGACAUGUGAGCCACUUGGCUUUGCAAGAGACACGUUGUUGACACCUUUAGCAGGGACACCGCCUUGUGUAUAUAUAUGCAGUAAGCCGGUACGCGAGGAGGGGCCUUCGUGACGUGUUAGUUGCGAUUAAAUGACGCCCUGUAGAGUCGUUCCCAGGAAGAGAAAGACAGUUUGGUGGGGUUGGAGCUGUACUGCUGUUGAACGGGCGUACGGCGAUAUGUGUGUGCGAGGCAAUGGCAGAAGGCCGGGACAGCGUGCCCCUACGUGGGCCCUAUUCGCCUGCGGCCAGCUGUACACUGGUGUGAUUACCGACUAGUCUCCGCCAAUGUAGAGGGAAGGGUCUGAGCGGCAGGCGGCCUGUGCUGGCAGUGUUGUGCGCUCUCCAGGAAAUCCGUUGCUCGGGAAGAAAGCUUUGGGAAGUAUUUCCGGGUUCACGGGGGCGUUCAGGUUCAGGUUUGCCACCUUGCUUUCGGUGCCUCAUUGCCGGUGCUGUUGAUGCAACCCGGGUUGCGGUGUUGUGAACGGUGCAUGUCCCCUUUGUUCAGCCUAUGUACGGACUAAUCACGGGAAUGAAGCUUAGCUUGGGAAAUGCGUGAUGAUGGUGGAUUUUUAGUUGAACAACCAGCCUGCAUCCUUAGGCGGCGGCAUUGCCCGUAGGUGACCCAUGGGUCGUAACCUGGCCAGGCGGGGUCUGCUUCCAGGGCCCUAAGGACGUUACCUUCGCCAAAUGUUCUGUCCUCUUAGCCGCCAGUAAUUGCCUACUCAAGCACG